CGCUUCAGCUGAGCGUCUCCGGAUGACAAUUGUGCAGCAGCGCUUCCCAGUGGUGGCAAACAAUAGCGAACCCCUUCCCGUGCUGUGGGAAAUGAUAGCUUUCCCGAUGCUCGCCACAAAGCACAGAGAAGACACGGGGCUGUAUUUCAAAAUUCUAAUCGCAGUGUUAAUCGGAUGUAAAACUGUCACUGAAAGAAAAACUGUGGUUUUAAUAUUCAUGGGUGAAAUCCAGCGGAUCACUCGUGUACAACUAAUUAUUUGAUUGUCCUCAAAGGCGUCCCCAGUUUGAUUGAAACGGUCGCGGUGUUAAUACAUUGUGGUUUGAAGUCUUUUAUCAUUAACUCAAUACAGUUGAUGUCUUUGCUUUUAGCACAAUACCCCGUGAUCCAAUUCGUUAGUUUCAAUUUGGUGUGAGGAAGAGAGAUGUCAUCCCAAAAGAUAAAUGCAGCACCUGGCAAGUCUAGUGCUAAGGAGAGUGCUUCCAAUGAGCAGGCAUCCUCCAGUCAUGCAGCAGAGCUCCAAAACAAACUCGAUAAGGCCUUGGCCAGGAACCAGCAAUGGCAUGCUUAUGACCAGCACAGAGAGGCCUACAUGAGGGCAGUGGUGGACAUGAUGUGGGUGGAGAAAAAGCUGGAUGAGAUCGCUCAGGCCGAGCGAAAGCAACACAAUAAGGACCUUUCAGAGGAGGACACCAUCAGCGACAUGAUAGAUGACUUUGAAGUCUCCCUGGAGAUAGAUCAACACAAGCUGGCGCAACUGCAGCAGCAGCUUGACACGGCCCGCGAGGACCUUGCACGGGCCAAUGAAAGGUGCGAGGAAAAGGAGAGGGAGGUGAGCGAGCUCAAGCAGCAGCUUGAACGUCAUCACCUCUGCCGCGAGGAGAGCAAGCAGCUGAUGGACGACGUAAGGGAGCUGCACAGCAAAGUGGAGGAGGAGCGGCGUCAGAAAGACAAACUAGAGAUGAAGUCUUCUGUCCUUUGGAGGUUUAUGGUAGACCGUUACCAUGAAGACCAGGAGAAAAUCCAAAACCUGGAGCAACAGAUCCGCAUUUCCUCACAAGACCUUGACGAUGAGGUGCAGGAUUCUUCGUAUUUGAAGAAACAGAUGCACAGACUUUGCAACAUAAUGCAGAGAACCCUGGACAAGAAGGCUACUGAGAGAAGGCAGCAGAAGGGGGGGUAUGAGGCGGAUGAGGAAACCAACGACAUGAUGCCAUACCCGUCCUCCACACCCAAGAGUAGUGUGGCGGAUGAAAGCUUCCUGAGCUGUCCUCUUUGCUGCCUCCCUUAUCCAGUCAGUCAGCACGGAGAGCUGCUAAGUCACAUGGAAGUCUGCCUGGACUGAGCACAACCUCAAGCUUCCUCAAAUCUGCAGCUCUUCACGUUCAUUUGACUCAGUUGUGUUCUGUUCUGGUGUUCAACUCUUCUGUUUUAUUUCAUUGAAUUUUUCCUAUUUACCCUCAAAAAUAAAAAAAAGUGGAUGGAAAGCCGUUGGUCCCCACGCUGUCUCAUAAGAAGCUGAAAACAUCUUGUGGAAGUUAAUCCCCUUUCUGUACUAUUUAAAGAGCAGAGAUUAGUAUUGCCAGCCACCAAUAUGGGAAAUUAGACGCCUACACAGGUGGUGUACACAUCAUGUUCCUCAUGAUCCUUUACUUACUGUUAGCUAUGUAGCCAAUACAAAACAAGCAUCUCCGAAAUCCUGUUGGUUCCAUUUGGUUUCCUUUUAUUUCAUGAAAAUAAACAUUUUUUCUUGAUGAGUUUUUAUUAGGAGAAAUAUGAUCUCAGGGGAGAACUGAACUUAAAACAUUUAUACACGAGAACAACGCUAAAAACCCACAGCGUUUCAGUAUGUGGAAUAAAAUUAUGGAACGGAUUGAGUAGAGAACUCAAACA